AUGAGGAGGUAAUCAAUUUACUCUCAAGAAUAAGAAUGCUUGUUUUUUGACUCCUUUACAACAAGAUGGUUAAAAAAGAAAUACUAAAUAUAAUUUGUUAAAGAAAAAGAAAUCAUUUACAUUUUUAAUGGGUAAAUAGCAAGAUAGUAAAUUAUUACAAAAAUUCCCUAGAAUACAAAAUUUUUCAUCUUCGGAGCCAGACAUUUUCUAUAAUUUAGAAUAAAUAAAAUAUCUUGAAUGGAUUGGAAAAUAUGGAAAUAAUUUUAAGAAGACUGCUAAAUGGGGAAUUAAUUGGGAUGGAUAAAUUCUUUAAAAAGUUGGAAGAUAUUAUAGUAAAAUUUUUUAUUUUAUUUUGAAAAAUAUUAUUCUCAGAAGAUGGGAAAAAGUUAGGUUAAUGGAAAUAAUAAAUUAUGAAUUAUUGUAGGUAAAUAUCAACCAUAAAAGAACAUUAGUCAGGUCGACGUUUUUGAAGAGGGUGAAUACUAUGAUGACUUAAAAAUAGGUAUAUGGAAAUAUAUUUAUUAAAAUAGAGUGAUGUAAUAUUGAAAUAUUAUAACUAGUGGUUGUGGAUGUUAUGAGGAAAGUUAGAAAAAGAUAGGGAGGUGGAUAGAAUUGAGGGAUAGUUUUUGGGAUAGGGCUUAAGUUACUUAUAAUGGAGAAUAUAACAAAAAGGGUAAAAAAAUAGGUUAUUGGGAUAUUAAUUUUGAUAGAUGGGGAGAUGGAAAAUAUAAACAUAUGUAAAUAUUAUAUAAGAAUAGAAUAUUAGUGGUGGGGGACUAUAUAGUGAAAGAGAGAGUUAGAUUAAGAUCGGGAAGUGGGUGGAGUUAGAUGAAGAAUUUAAAUGGGAGAAAUAAGUCACUUAUGAGGGUGAAUAUAAUAUGAAAGGUAUGAAAGUAGGUAGAUGGGAUAUUAGUUAUUGUGUUAGAGGAGAAUGGCAAUAUAAAUAAAUGUAAAUAUUUUAUAAGUAUAGGCAUUAAAAAUAUAAUUAGUGGCGGUGGAUCAUAUGGUGAGGAAGAGGGUUAAAUUAAGAUAGGGAGGUGGGUAGAAUUAUGGGAGAGGUUUUAGUGGAGAGCUUAAGUCACUUAUAAUGGUGAAUAUAAUAUAACAGGUAUGAAGGUAGGUAGAUAACAGAUCAAUAAAUUAUUAUAUUAUAUCGUAUAUUUAUAGUAAAUAGAAAUUUCUUAAAUUUGA